AGUGGAAGGAGCAUAUGUCGGGGCAGGAGGCGCCGUCCUCUGCCAAGGUGAUUGCUGAGACGUCUCACAGCAAAGGGAUUCUCAUGUGGGGUUUGUCCCGCCCUCGCCUGCUCUCACAGUCUUUCGAGCAGAGUGGAAGGAGCAUAUGUCGGGGCAGGAGGCGCCGUCCUCUGCCAAGAGUGGAAGGAGCAUAUGUCGGGGCAGGAGGGGCCGUCCUCUGCCAAGAGUGGAAGGAGCAUAUGUCGGGGCAGGAGGCGCCGUCCUCUGCCAAGGUGAUUGCUGAGACGUCUCACAGCAAAGGGAUUCUCAUGUGGGGUUUGUCCCGCCCUCGCCUGCUCUCACAGUCUUUCGAGCAGAGUGGAAGGAGCAUAUGUCGGGGCAGGAGGCGCCGUCCUCUGCCAAGAGUGGAAGGAGCAUAUGUCGGGGCAGGAGGGGCCGUCCUCUGCCAAGAGUGGAAGGAGCAUAUGUCGGGGCAGGAGGCGCCGUCCUCUGCCAAGGUGAUUGCUGAGACGUCUCACAGCAAAGGGAUUCUCAUGUGGGGUUUGUCCCGCCCUCGCCUGCUCUCACAGUCUUUCGAGCAGAGUGGAAGGAGCAUAUGUCGGGGCAGGAGGGGCCGUCCUCUGCCAAGAGUGGAAGGAGCAUAUGUCGGGGCAGGAGGCGCCGUCCUCUGCCAAGAGUGGAAGGAGCAUAUGUCGGGGCAGGAGGCGCCGUCCUCUGCCAAGGUGAUUGCUGAGACGUCUCACAGCAAAGGGAUUCUCAUGUGGGGUUUGUCCCGCCCUCGCCUGCUCUCACAGUCUUUCGAGCAGAGUGGAAGGAGCAUAU